GCAUAAUCUUCUCUCUUGAAAAUCUACAGUGAAGAAUGUCAGCAGUGACACAACCAAUUACACAGCUUGAAAUCAGUUUACCAGUUGCCAGCACUUCUUCAGAAGGUGCUAAGAGUUUGUCAAAGCCAGUAACCCGCAAGCUCGUCCCAGUCGGUGGUGCCUACGCUGCACACGCUAGUCGUCAAGCCAAUGGAAGAUCAUUCGAUGAGGAUGAUGCACUCAUUAGAGCUGAAAAUGAAAAGCGUGCUGAGGAAGAACGUAGAAACCAGCCAGAGGAUGACGGCGUUGGUGAAGAACCAGAAUCUAAAGAAUUACUUGCUUCAGAUCCAAAGAACUACAAGGCACUCGAUAUGUACGCCAUUCUCGGUCUUUCAAACCUCCGUUACAAGGCUACACCAGACCAAAUUCGUCUUGCACACAAGAAGAAAAUCCUCAGACACCACCCAGAUAAGAAAGCUGGUAGAGGUGGUGAUGCCAACGAUGAUUCAUUCUUCAAGUGUGUCGCUAAAGCUUUAGAAAUCCUCGACAACCCAGAAAGACGUCGUCAAUUUGACUCAAUUGAUGAAUCUAUCGAUGAUAAGAUUCCAGAUGUUAAGUUCAAGGGUGAUUUCUUUGCAGUUUAUGGUCCAGUUUUCGAUCGUGAAGCAAGAUUUUCAGAUGGUGUACACCCAGAUCAAGUACCAAGACUCGGCGGAGCAGAUGCCCCAAGAGACCAAGUUGAAGAGUUCUACAACGCCUGGUAUAACUUCAAUUCAUGGCGUUCAUUUGAAUGGUAUGACAAGGAAGUCAACGAGGGAUCAGAAAACCGUGAUGACAAGCGUUACACUGAGAAGAAGAACAAGUCUGACAGAGCACAAAGAAAGAAGGAAGACAAUGCUAGAGUCAGAACCUUGGUUGACAACGCAUUGGCUGCUGACCCUCGUAUGAAGAAGUUCAGACAAGAGGACAAGGCAGCACGUGAAGCCAAGAAGAACAAGGCUAAAGGUAUUGUUUCUGAUCCAAAGAAGGCCCAAGAAGAGGCCGCCCUAAAGGCUGCUCAAGAAGCUGCUGCUAAGGAGGAGCAAGCAAAGAAGGAUGCUGAGAACAAGGCAUCAAAAGCAACGGACAAGAAGGCAAAGGAAGCCGCUAGAAAGAACCUCAGUAAGGCUAAGAAGGCUAUUAAACAGAUUGUCACCGACGCAAACUACUUCCAAGCUCCUGGAUCAACUGCUUCUGCCAACGUCAUUGAGAACCAACUCAACGAGUUGGACUUGAUUGCUAAUGGCCUUGAGCCUGAAGAAACCAGUGAACUUAAGAAGACACUCGACGCCACUAAAGAUAAUGAAGCUAAACGCGCCGCUAUCACCAAUGCUGCUAAGAAAUUGGUAGAAGUUGGCAAAGUAGAAAACGGACGCUUCCAACAAUACAUUUAAGAUAUUUUUGUUUCGAUAUGAAUAUUAUUACUUCUUUU